AGUCAGUAUAAUAUAAAUAAGAGAACCUCCUCAUCAUCCAGCAAAUCUGCAGGUCCUGCCAGCCAAGCCUCACCUGAACCUACCACACAGCCACAUAAAGAAACAAGAAAAAAGAGAGAAGGAACAAACAGAUAAGGAAGGAGGAGGAGAAGGAUCAAAAUACAAGAGUCUGUUCAAUUAGAGGAGGAGGAGGGGAAGAAGAAGAAGUCCAUACUGCUGAGUGAAGAUGUUCCGGUGGACUACUCUGUUUAUGUCUUCCUGUUGUUUGGCUCUGAGUGGAGCUGCAGCAGCAAGCACGAGACUGGAGAGGAUAGAAACAUGUGGCACCAGGUGUUCACAGGGCCUUCACUGCAAGUCCAAGCCAGAUUAUCUGUUUACUCCCACGUGUCAGAUGCCUCCCAACGGUCUAAACACAUCCUCUGUGUUCCACAACAUCAGCCUGUCCACAGUCAUGAGGUGUGAGGGGAGACAGAGGUGCUCCCUGCAUCUCAGAAUCAAUACUCUGUUACAACUUAAUGAACCCAUCCACGGCGUGUCUAUUUGCACCGCCACUGCAGGGAUGAUGGUUAACUGUCGUAUCUUUAGGUUUACAAGAUCAUCAAGACAAAGAAUGUCUGGACUGCAGGUGGAAGUUGAAAAUGAUUGCACUUCCCUUUCCCCAAGCCAACAAGUGCAAGUAAUGGUUAAAACUGUGCCGAGCUACUGUGGCAUAACCUGGACGGGAUCGUACAGCGCUCCAGAGUGUGUCAGUGAAGAUUUGAGAAGACAUGUCCCUGAAUGUAUCACCGGCACGCUGUUAUAUGACGUAAACCCAGAGAGGAAGGAGCUCAGAAUCAGUGUAGCAGACAUGCUUGAGGAUCACAGCUACCACCUGCGUCUGUGCUACAAGGAUUUCCUCUGCAUUGGCACAGAGGCGAAGGCACUGAUAACAAAGGAGAACCCUGUGAAGAGUGCCGUUCUCCCCUACUCACGACCUUUGCCCUGUCUCUGCAUUGAGGGAUGGUCAGCUGUGGUGGACGCCCUGAGAGUCCAGGUCUGCCCGUUCAAAGACCGUCUUGAGGAACUGUGGUUUGGAAUCACCUUUGACCCACUGGAGGGGACACUGUCUUGGGAGCUGCGCUGCCCAGUUCCGACUGUCGUCUCGCUGUGUCGGAAGGAAGGCGAUGGCGCCUGCGUGGAUCUGCCUCACGCCUCCCAGAACGUUAGCAGAGGAAAGGUUGCUUUCAGUGAAGUGGAUCCACACCCUCAGUUGUGCAUAAAGUUCACUGUAGGCACUCAGUCCUGGACCAGGUGCCCUUUUGCUGCUGGAAGUUUUCAAGUGUGGGAUGUGGUUUCGCCGAGACGGCCGGGUCACGAAGAAGUGAAGCUGCGGUCAAAGGUCAAUGCUGCCUUUCUUGUAGGCUGGUGUGCAAAGUCUGCGGAGUGCCACAUCACCAAAACACACACCGUGCACGUGGAGAAAAACACACCUGUUGCUUUAAACAGGAACUAUGAGGAGCUAUGUGACUCCUGUGUCCAGGUGAAGAGGCUGGACGUGAAGUAUGGGGCUACAGUUAUUCACUGUACUGAGCAAUGCAAACACAUUUCACCUCUCACCCUGAACAUCCUCAGUCAGACCUCGUGGGAUUGGACGUGGGUCAUUGUGCCCGCAGGCGUUUGCCUCUCUGGUAUCAUAAUUGUCACACUGGUUCUCCUUUUCAUAUUAACUGUGCAUCAGAGGAAACAAAAAAGAACUGGAAAUGAAAAGCAAAUAGAUCCCGCUCUUGACUGUGUGGUCCCUGCAUUACAAAGUCAUCCCCACAGAGGGAUCCUCAUACCUGAUUCCCCACAGUGUGGCAACACAGAGAAGGCAAAUUUAAUCUCAGAAUAACCCGAUACUUGAGCUGCAGUCAAAAGCAAGACUUUAUACAUGCAGUGUGAAGCUGUAAAGACAUUCAAACUAAACUAUUUCUCUGUUGAAUGCAUUGCACAAUGCAGAGAUGGAUUUUUGGAA